AUGACAGGAAAAAUGUAUACAGAAACAACUGGUGGUACAAAACGUGUGAUAGAGUUCUACAAUCACCCUGCUGGCCCUAAGACUGUUUUCUUCUGGGCUCCUACUUUCAAAUGGAGCCUUGGGCUAGCCAACAUCGCUGACUACAAUCGGCCUCCAGAAAAGGUUUCCUACCCGCAACAGUCGGCAGCCGCGGUGACCGGCCUCAUCUUCAUGAACUUGCACGAAAGCUCCACCAAGAUUACGUACUGGGUGGUCCGCCAAAGCCUGAGGCCAUCACGGAGAAGUGAUUCUUCUGAAUCUAAUCGCUUUCCGAUGAUGAGUUCAGAAGUCACCUUCCCUCUCAUGAUCCGCCAUCUUCAUCGCCCGCCCCCUCUCCAGUUCACAAGUGACCUUCCCUCUCAUGAUCCGCCAUCUUCAUCGUCCGCCCCCUCCAAUGUACUUGCAACUAGCAAAAGAAUUGAGAGUCCUGAAUUGCAGUAA